AUGGCUCGCCGUAGCAAGAACACACCGCCUUUCCCUCGGCGCACAAAAGCCGUGUCAGUCAGCACAUUUCGCGAGAGCCUGACCUUUCAAGGCCGGGCACCAGACACACAUCCCCGCCGCCCCCCCCCCGGACACACUACUGAGCAGUCCGCGCGGCUUCGACCCAUCUUGGCAACCAAAGCGACGACACGCCCCCCCUUUGCCCGCCGGCUCUCCUUCUACAGCCUCGCGGCUGACGGCAGCGACGGUAACACGCUGGCGAUGCCCUGUGACGACCCUCGACCCGUACUCUCAGACAGCAUCCCGGGAAUGCACCGAUACGUCGCACAGCGGUCGCCGCUGCCAUCUUCUCCGCGCGCUGUCGGCAGACACCACCCCGUCCCUCUCAGCGCGCGCUCGCUCGCCUCUCGCCGCGCGCGUUUCCUCGCGUCCUCCGUCCGCUCGCUCUCUCACCCCAGUCCUUCUGCUAGUGAACGGAGAUUGACAGAUUUCCAUUCUCCGGCCUCCACCUGCUCUCCUUCCCGUGCUGCCAUCCUGACCGGACGCUACGGCCUGAGAAACGGAGUGACUCAUAAUUUUGCUGUGAGCUCAUUGGCCGGCCUGCCUCUCUCUGAAGUCACUCUGCCACAGCUCCUACAGAAAGAGGGGUAUUACACCGCCAUGAUCGGGAAGUGGCAUCUCGGCCACAAUGGACCAUACGCUCCAACUAACAGAGGUUUUGACUACUACCUGGGCAUUCCCUACAGUAAUGACAUGGGCUGUACUGACAUACCUGGAUAUAAUCUGCCUCAGUGUCCUCCCUGUGAGUCUCCUGAACCUCACGUCACCAGACUUAAGAGGAGUGCACAUGGAGGCUGUUACUCCAAAGUGGGCCUUCCUCUGAUUGAAAACAGCAGCAUUGUGCAGCAGCCACUGGACCUGUGGGCGCUAACAGAGCAAUACAAAUCUGCUGCUACCAGGAUUAUACGCAGUGCAAGGGAGCGAGGGCAGCCCUACCUCCUCUACCUAGCGUUGGCUCACAUGCACGUCCCCCUCGCCCCCUCUCUCCACUCAGAUGAGGGCAGAGUUUACGCUGCCAGCCUGCAGGAGAUGGACGGCCUGGUGGGGGCGGUGAAGAGCGCCUCCGACCACACGGACAGAGACAACACACUCAUCUGGUUCACUGGUGACAACGGUCCAUGGGAACAGAAGUGCCAGUAUGCAGGAAGUGUUGGACCCUUUAUGGGAACAUGGCAGACCAGCAGAGGUGGAGGCUCGGCUAAGCGGACCACCUGGGAGGGGGGUCACAGAGUGCCAACUGUGGCCUAUUGGCCCGGAAGGAUCCCUGCAAACACCAGCAGCUCCGCCCUGCUCAGCGGUAUGGACAUCUUCCACACCCUUCUGUCCCUGGCAGGAGUCACUCCCCCCUCAGACCGAUGUUACGACGGCAUCGACGCCACAGAUGUCCUGCUGCACGGGGAACAGACUGGUCAUGAGUUUCUCUUCCACCCUAACAGUGGAGCAGCGGGGGAGUUUGGUGACCUGCAGACCGUUCGAUCAGGGAAGCACAAAGCUUUCUACAUCACAGGGGCCGCAGAGGCGUGUGGGGGGGCCACAGGACGAGAGCAGCUCCACGACCCGCCCCUGAUAUUUGAUCUUGAGGUCGACGAGUCUGAGGAGACGCCUCUGGAUACAGAAACACUGGAGUACCAGGCGGUGGCGCAGAGGAUGGCCCGCAGGAGGGAGGAGCUUCUGUGGGACAUCGCCAACGACAAGUCAGUGUCCGCAGCCGACUACAGCACCGACGCAUCAGCAGCACCCUGCUGUGACCCUGAACACACCGUCUGCCGCUGUGACCCUGAACACACCGUCUGCCAAACACUCAGCUGAGGGGGGAGAGUUUUAUCUGAAGAGGCCCUAGUUAGCUUUUUGGGGGUUUUCCCUUUCCUGUAGUGUGUUUAUAUAGGUUUUUGUGCAUGUCAAGUCUGAAAUAAG